AUGACAAGACAAAAGGUUAAUCUCACUUGGAUUGUCAACAAUACUUCUCGUCGAGCUAGCCUCAAGAAACGAAGACUGGGUUUAGUUAAAAAGGUUGAAGAGCUAACCACUCUAUGUGGAAUAGAAUCUUGUCUUCUCAUGUGCAGCCCCGGGGAACAUGAGCCAAUGGCGUGGCCAUCGCCUGAUGAUGUGAAACAAUUGAUAGAAAAGUUCUAUCUUAUUUCGGAGCACGAACGCAUGAAGAAGAUGACGAACAUGGAGACAUAUAUGACAGAGAAACUUUCCAAGGCGCAAAAUCAAUUUAUGAACCUCAACAUGAAGAACAAAGAAGCAGAGGUGGGACAAUUCAUGUUUCAAAUGCAUCAAGGCAAGAUGGUCGAUGAAUUUAACCUGAAUGAACUAGAUGCAUUGAUUUGGUUUGGGGAAGCAAGAAGAACAAAUCUAAGAAAACAUAGUCAAUAUUAUAAACAAGUUCCUUACACAUCAGCUGGGCCCUCUGAGGGAGACGUUCUUUUGCAGCCACCGCCCCAAGGGUCUGCUCCAAUUGUAGAUAAUGAAAUUGGCAGCGUCGGUGCAAGCAUGGAAGAUAACAAGAGGGAAGCCAUCGAGCCUUUAUCCUGGGACGAUUUGUUCCACGACAUUAUGAACUCCAAUAAGUUCAGAGGUGGAGCUAGCAGCAGCAGCGUACGGGGUGAUAUGAACUUAACUCAUUAUAGUUCAUAUGUUGCGCCUGAAAGCUUAAGUGUUGCACCUCACCUCGAACUUCGAGGUCCUUCAUAUGGGGGUAGCUUAAGUGUUUCCGCUGCUGACUUGGAGCUGUCAGGACCCUCAUUUGUUGGUAGCUCAAGUGCUACUAUAAAACAAGUUUCGUCAAGACAUCCUUUUGGUAACAACUCAAGUAAUGUUGCAGAACAAGUGCCACCAAGAUAUCCUUUUGGUGGCAGCUCUUCAAGAACUACUGUAGAACAAGUGUCGUCAAGACAUCCUUUUGAUGGCGACUCCUUAAGUGUUGCUGCAGAACAUGUGCUGCCAAAACAUUCUUUUGGUGAUGUUUCCACAAGUGUUGAUGCUACUGGUCUGAGGUCGCCUCUAGUCGAAAAUUUUAGCACCUCUAUAGCUAAUGCAGAUCUAGCUAAAAGUGAUUACUUUGACCUUUUUGGGGGUCAUGAUAUGGGGCCGGGACAUUACCCGUUGGGACCAGUGACAAUCAGUUCUCCUGCAACUGAGUUAAAUCCUUUUGAAGUUCAUGGUGGUGAAAGAAACAAUAGUAAUAACGCAACAUCCAAUAAUUGUGCCGCAACAAGCAGUGGUGAAAUGGGACCAUUUGAUGAUAAAAAUUAG